AACACAUUAGAGCUCACCUAAACGAUUAUUAACUUUCAUACAAUGAAAAACUCAUCGACUCCAUUUAACAAGCCAUUCUCUGUUUCUUUACUUUUUCUUGUGUUCUUGUUUUCUGGUCUUGACAACUUGAGUCUUGUUUCUUCUUCUUUUUCUCGUUCCACAGUUCUUGCAGGUGAAGAGCUUCAUUUUAGUGGAGAUGUUUCCAAGAACUGUGUGGAGGGAGCAAGAUCCGGUUACCUAUGUUCUGGGGUUAGCGAUAAAGUUGCUCCGUCCACCCAUGGAACUCCCUCAAGUCCACAGAGAAAACCUCCAAAGGUACCUAAACAUCCUUCUCCAGCAUAUAGGCCCUCUCAGAAGGUGCCUUAUGCAAAUUAUCCUCAACCAAAGGUUCAUAGGAGAUCAUUAUUGAAAUUGCUACCAACUUCAAGUUAUGGUCAACCUCCUCCUGAAUCUCCACCACCACCUGUUGAAACCCCGCCUUCACCACCCGUUUACAAUCCUCCGCCAGUAGAGAAACCACCCCCACCAUCACCACCGUCUCCACCACCCGUCUACAAUCCUCCACCAGUAGAGAAACCACCCCCGCCAUCACCACCAGUAGAGAAACCACCCCCACCAUCAUCACCGUCUCCACCACCCGUUUACAAGCCUCCGCCAAGAGAGAAACCACCUCCACCAUCACCACCACCCGUUUACAAGCCUCCGCCAAUAGAGAAACCACCCCCACCAUCACCACCGUCUCCACCACCAGUCUACAAUCCUCCGCCAAGAGAGAAACCACCCCCGCCAUCACCACCAUCUCCACCAGUAGAGAAACCACCUCCGCCAUCACCACCGUCUCCACCACCCGUUUACAAUCCUCCGCCAAUAGAGAAACCACCCCCGCCAUCACCACCGUCUCCAUCACCUGCUUACAAGCCUCCUCCAGUAGAGAAACCACCCCCGCCAUCACCACCGUCUCCACCACCCGUUAACAAGCCUCCGCCAGUUGAGAAACCACCCCCGCCAUCACCACCAUCUCCACCACCCGUUUACAAUCCUCCGCCGCAGAGAAGCCACCCCCACACCAUCUCCACCGCAGAGAGAGAAAACCACCUCCGCCAUCACCACCUGUACAAACCACCACCCCCUCCGCCAGUAGAGAAACCACCCCCGCCAUCACCACCGUCUCCACCACCCGUUUACAAGCCCCCGCCAGUAGAGAAACCACCCCCACCAUCUCCACCAGUAGAGAAACCUUCCCCGACAUCACCACCGUCUCCACCACCCGUUUACAAGCCUCCGCCGGUAGAGAAACCAGCCCCGUCAUCACCACCAUCUCCACCACCCGUUUACAAUCCUCCGCCAGUGGAGAAACCACCCCCGCCAUCACCACCGUCUCCACCUAGCCCGCCACCUGCUCCUGCCUACUCACCUCCACCAAGUCCACUGCCACCUCCUAGCUCUCCAGGGUAUGGAAGUCCUCCACCUUCUGGUUAA